GCCAACUAUUGCUAUUGGGGUGCGGGGCCAAGGAGUAUCCAUGUUUUGUGAGGAGGAAAGAUCCGCAUGCGGUAAAGCGUGAAAUUACACUUCACAUUCAUGCCGGCGCAGCCGGGGUGUCUGACCGAGUUGGGUUUCAGGUACCGGGUGCGUAUGGCACGCGCACACAUGUACCAACAUCUUCAACUAUAAAAUCCCACAACCCCUCCCACAAAUCUUUUCAUUAAACAAACAAGAUAACAUAUCACCACUUUCUCAUCAAUUUGAGACACUUAAACUAGCUAUAGCUUACUAAUUAACCAUGGUUUCCGAGAGGAAGGUGUCCAAGAGUGUAUGUGUUAUUGGUGCCGGACCCUCAGGGCUGGUUGCAGCGAGAGAGCUAAGAAAGGAAGGGCACCAUGUGUUGAUUUUUGAACAAUGCCAUGAUAUUGGAGGGCAAUGGCUGUACAAUGCCCAAGUUGAAGGGGAAGAUCCCUUAGGAAGGGCUAGACUCUUGAAGGUCCAUAGUAGCAUUUAUGCAUCGCUAAGGCUCAUAUCUCCAAGAGAAAUUAUGGGGUUUUCUGACUUCCCUUUCUUGACCAAGAAGGGGAGAGAUCAAAGGAGAUUUCCAGGCCAUGAGGAGCUCCUUGCUUAUUUAGGCGAUUUUUGUGAGUUUUUCAAGGUGAGAGAGAUGAUAAGGUUCAACACAAGGGUCGAGUAUGUUGGGAUGAUGAAUGAUAAUAACGGGAUCGGGAGCGACAUGAGAUGGACUGUGAAGAGCAAAGAGAAGAAGGGUGGUGAUGAGAAGGUUGUGGAAGAAGUCUUUGAUGCUGUGGUGGUGGCUUCUGGUCAUUAUUCCCAGCCCAGGCUGCCUCAGAUCAAAGGGAUGAAUGCAUGGAGAAGAAAGCAGAUGCAUAGCCAUAUUUACAGAAUGCCAGAGCCGUAUCGCAAUGAGGUGGUUGUGGUAGUUGGGAGUUCACUGAGUGGGCAGGAUAUUUCCAUGGAGCUUGUAAAUGUAGCAAAGGAAGUCCAUUUGAGCGCCAAGUAUCCUCGUAACGUUUCGGAAGGCUUGUCAAAAGUCAUCUCCAAACAUGCUAAUUUUCACAUUCACCCUCAGAUAGAGUCAUUGCAAGAAGAUGGGCAGGUUGUGUUCAUAGACGGCAGUUCCACCAUUGCAGAUACCAUUUUAUACUGUACAGGGUACUCCUACUCCUUCCCAUUUCUUGACACCAAAGGUAUGGUUGUAGUGGACAAUGACAGGGUGGGGCCCCUAUAUGAGCACACAUUUCCUCCAUCACUAUCUCCUUCUCUGUCCUUCAUUGGUAUCCCAAGAAAGCUCAUAGGGUUCCCUUUCUUUGAGUCUCAAGCAAUAUGGAUAGCGCAGCUUUUAUCUGGAAAAAGGACACUGCCAUCACGGGAGGAAAUGAUGCAGUCCAUAAAGGAAUUUUACAAGUCUAGAGAUCUUGCUGGCAUUCCUAAGCAUAAUACCCAUGACCUUGCAGACUUUGACUACUGCGAUAAAUAUGCAGAUUAUGUUGGAUUCCCACAUCUAGAAGAAUGGAAAAAGGAGCUCUGCAUAUCAGCUCUGAUA